CUCCACCCACCCCAUGACACUCAGCCGUGAUAUAGAAUGACAGAGGUCUGGGAGAUGGUUUAAAACGACAGUUCCAAGUUUCUGCAGAAGGCACUCACUCCCUGGACAAAGUGGUCAGGCAGGAGUCUUUCUUUCCACGUGGGAAGAACCAUUCGCCCUCUUCCUCUCAGCAUGGCUUAUCUGGGAGCCCAUUUUGCCUUUAGAUCUCGUUGGCAAAAGACAGAUGAUGAGCUGUGUCGGCAUAGCAUGUCCUUCAUCCUUCACAGGGCCAUCCGCAAUGAUUUCUUUCAGAGUUAUCUCUAUCUCCUAGAGAAACUUUCUCUGGUGAAACUCUAUGCUUUAACAAGUCAAGUCAUCAACGGCGAGAUGCAGUUCUAUGCCAGAGCAAAGCUUUUCUACAGUGAAGUUCCAGCAACAGAAGAGGGGAUGAUGGGAGAUUACAUUGAACUGUCUAACACAGAUAUCCAGUCCUCCCAGGAAUUUCUUAGGAGGUUUGUUGGGGGUCCCGGGAAAGCAGGCACUGACUGUGCCUUGGACUGUGGUUCUGGGAUAGGAAGGGUCAGCAAACAUGUCUUGUUGCCAGUUUUCAACAGUGUGGAACUGGUGGACAUGAUGGAAACCUUCUUGGAUGAAGCCCAGAAUUAUCUACAAGCUAAAGAAGACAAAGUAGAAACAUAUUACUGUUACAGCCUUCAGGAAUUCACGCCUGCUCUCAGAAAAUAUGAUGUUAUUUGGAUUCAGUGGGUUUCUGGGAACCUGACUGAUAAAGAUCUCCUAGAGUUUCUUUGCCGAUGCUGUGAAGGCCUGAGAGAGAAUGGCAUCAUCAUCUUAAAGGACAAUGUGGCCAGGGAGGGUUGUUUCUUUGACUCUUCUGACAGCAGUGUAAUCCGGGACAUGGACAUCCUCCGAAGCCUCAUUGACAAAAGUGGGCUGGUGGUUCUUCGGGAGGAGAAACAAGAGGGUUUUCCAGAGCAGUGUGUCCCAGUGUGGAUGUUUGCUCUGCGUAGCAAUGGUAAUUUAUAGGAUUGAAGCUUGAGAUUGAAAAAGGAUCUUGGAGAUCAUUGAUGGUCCAGGUCCCACAUUUAACAUGGGAGGGAACCAAGGCUUAGAGAAAUUAAGUGACUUGUUCAAAAUCACAAAGGUAGUAAGUAGCAGAGAGGAAAUUUGAAUUUAGGUUCCAGGACUCAGUGCUUACACUUUUGCAUCCCAAUCAGCAAGGUAAGAGACUGCUGGCCUGCAGAGUAUUUGGGAGUGGAGUCAUAGGAAGUAAAUUCUUCAAAGUCUCUAUUAGAAUAUAAUUCAAUUCAACAGAUACUUACCUAUUGUAUAUGCAAGGUACUAGAUGAUAAGAAUACUUACUCUUGGGCUCUUUUCCCAAAUAGAUUCCAGUUUAAUGAGAUCCUAUUUAAAAUUCUAAUGAAGUUUUUUGGAAAAAGAGAUUAGCAUUUGCAUAAACAAUGGAUAAUGAAGUAUGCUUACAUAUAUGAAUAUUCAUACAUAAAUUAUUAUUUUACACUCUUAUACUCUAUUCUACAUUCUCCGAUAAAAACAUCUGAGCUUAUGGUUUCAGAAGUUCAAAUUUGGAAGGAACCUCAGAGACUGUGUAGUCUUAACCAUAUCUCAAUAAGAAUCCCUUCUAUAACUAACAAGUGUGCCUUUUCUCAAAGACCUUUAGGGAGUCAGGGUCAGCUGCCUCUCAAGAAAGCCCAUUCCACAUUUUAAAAAACAUUAAAAAAAAACUAAAGUAAAUGUUUGUUAUACUACCCAUUCCACUUCUGGAGAGUUUGGAUUAUAAACAAGUUUGUAAAAAUCCAACUCUGCAAUUUUAUGUUCCUAAUUCUGACCUUUCCAACCACAAAGACUAAGUCAAAUCCUUUUUCCACCUGAUGGUCCUUCUGACAUUCAAAGAUGGAUAAUUUUAUACUCUUACUAGAGUUUUUCCCAUUCUAAGCUAAAGAUUCCCAGUUCAGUUAAAUAAUUCUUAUAUGUCAUGAUUGUGAGACCCUUUAAUAUGGUAUUAGUUGCUUUUCCCUGAAUGCUCUCUUAUAUGUCACAAUUCUUUCUAAACUAGUGUCCAGAAUAAAAAUCCCAAAGUGGUCUGAUUAGGGCAAAAUACUGUGGUACUAUCACUUCUUUAAUCUUAGACACUAUGCUUCUCUUAAAGAAACCUAAGGGUGCAUUAGUUUUUGUUUUUGUUUUUCUCACUGCUGUAGUGUCCUGUUGACUCUUCUCUUUUUUUUAAAAAUUCAAUUAAAUUUUCCCUCAAUUAUAGGUAAAAUAGUUUACAAAAUUUUUAAAAGAACUUUUAGUCUUUUUUAAAAUUUUAACUUAUUUAUUGAAUUAAUUACAUGAUUCAUGUUCUUUCCCCCCACCUCUUUCCAUAGUCAACAAGCAAUUCCAUUGGGUUUUGCAUGUAUCAUUAAGAUCUUUUAGUCUUGAAUUCUCUCUCUCUCCCCUCCCCCUGAGAGAGUAAGCAAUCUGAUAUAGAUUUUAUGAGCACAUACUGUUGACUCCUCUCAAGCUUGUAGUCAAUUAAACAACUAUAAUUCCUGCAGAUGAACUACUAUUUAGCUGUAGGACAACUAUCCUUGGGCCACAUCUCCCUUACCUCUUCAUUUUGUUCACAAGAAUAAAUGAAACAUUGUGAAGUGCCAUGCCAAAUAUAAAUAUGCUAAAUGGAAUAGGAAGCAAAAUAACAGACUUGUGGUAAUAGAAGACUUGAAUUCAAAUUCUGUCUCAAACACUAGCAAAGGGACACUUGGAUAAUUACUUGAUCUCACACUGUUUCCUCAUCUGUAAAAUGAGUAUAAUAAUAGCACUCACCUCAUAGGGUUAUUGUGAGAAUCAAAUGAGAUCUCAUAUGUUAAUACAUUCAAACUUCAAAAUGUAAUAUAAGUACCAUUAUUAUUAUCAUUGUUAAUAGAUCUUAUGGCAUUCCCUUUAUGAAUCUAGUAACCCUGUUAAAACAAAAAAUGGGGCUAGACUGGCGUGACCUGUUCUUGAUGAAGUCAUUCUACUGCUUCAUGAUUAUGAUCACCUUUUCUAUAUAUCAACUUUUUAAUAAUAUAUUCUUAACAUUUUUUUUUUCAGAAACCAAAGUUCAUCUCACUGGCCUAUGGUUUACAGAUUGCCUUCUCUUUCCUUUUCAAAAUUGAGGAAGUUUUUUAGGCUUAUGAUUCUUCUCUCAUUUCCCACCAUCUUUCAAAGAUCAUCAAUGGUAGCUCAGCAAAUACAUUCAUCAGUUCUUUUACCACCAAAGUGUAGAGUUUAUCUGGUCCUGAUGACUUGAACUCAUCAAGAGCAGCAAAGUGUUCUUUUAUUAUCUUCCUGGUUAUUUUUGGCUUUAACUCCCAAUUAGCCUUUUAAAAAAGUAUUCUUUCCAGUUCAAAAACAAUUCUCUUUUGGCAGAAAAAAAAUCAAAGCAAAACCCAGAAGCAAAACAAGAGCAGAGCAGUUCUGCAUUCUCUCUGUCAUCUGUUAUCAUCACUUCAUUCAUUGAGUAGUGGCCCUCUUUGAUCCUCUUCCUCAGUACAGAAUUAAAAAAAAAAAACAACCCACAAAACCUUUUAGUUAUUCUUGGCUCUCAUAGCUAGUCUCCACUCAUACUGAGCUUUAGCUGAGUCAGCUCUUAUAGGACAAUGCUUUCAAUUUUAUAAUCACUCAUCAAAUAUUUGUUAAUACCAUUUUUAUGUAAAAUAUAAGUUCCCAUACACUUGGGGAAUUACAACAAUAAAUAUACCAAUGUAGUUGUUUUCAAGGAGAUUAUAUUCUCAGUUAGUGGGGUGUGAAAGAUCAGAUAUUCAAUAGCUUUUAGAAGGUGGCUAAAUUAGAAGGGAAAGACUCAAACCUUUAUUCACCAAGUGUUUGUGGGGCACCAUUCAUGUCCAUGAUUAAAUGCUAAAUACUUCACUGUAUUCACCAAGAAAAAAGAAGAGAACAAGGUCAGUUUUUAAAACAACUUUUAAAAGAUCUAUCCUCUUGAAUCUGUGUUUCAUAGAUAUGGUCUAGUUUAAGGUAUUAGGUAUCUCAGAUCAUUUUAAAUAUGAGGAAACUAACACCAAGAUAAAGUAAAUAACUUGCAGAGCUUAUAAAUAGCAGAACAAUGUUCACUUGAACUGAUUUCUACUGCUGAAGUUAAUAGGUGGUACGAUAAGCAGAGAUGUAGAAAAAAGGGUCGGUUUUGAUUAAACUUGCAAAUUGAAUUGUCUGGAUUCAUUUGAGUGUUUUGGCUUAAUGUAAAAGAUAAUUUUGAUUAUACUAUUAAAAUGGAACACUUUUGAAUGAUAUAUAGAUGCCUUUGUAUGAAUAUAAUGUUCAAAUAAAACCACUUGUGUUUUUCAUGCUUUCCUUC